ACGUAAACAAAUUAUUGACGAAUCCUACCCGUAAUCUGUUUUAAAUUAUGAAGUUCUCGCGUCAUCACGGUAGAUGUUGGGAGGGUGUUACAUGUACAUCUUUGUCACUGUCAAAACGUUCUUUCACGGAGCAGUGUGAAUAAUCUUCACGGAAUUGUGACCAACGUCGAAACGUUGACAAAAACAACAACAAAAAACAACAAAAAAACAACAAAAAACAACAACUUAACGUUGGAAUGCUAUAACAGUUCAGAUAUAUAUUUGUAUCGGAUUUUGAAAUUCGCAACACCAUGGAGAGCAUGGCAUCCUAAAAACUUGGAAAAGCGACACCACAGUAUUCCCGGAUGACGAGGGAGACGGGAGGGCCGUCCCGGUACGAGGGUUACCGCCUGGGACCUGACAUUCCAUGGAAACCUUACCAUAACAAGGUACACGAGUACAAACCACACACGUACGGCAGCACAGUACGGCCGUAUGACCGGGUACACGAGUACAAAAAGGUACAUGAGUAUACUCGUAUACACGAACACAGCUACAGGGAGUAUACGUCAUCGUACAGACCCAAGUAUUAUGAGUACAAGUUGAACAUACAAAAGAAACCAUCCAUACUCGUUAAUUCUCCUCAGCCCCCUAAAGUGGUUCGGACAAGCUUCCGAAAGAGACAUGGCAAUUUAUACUUAUGCUACGCACAUCCCAUGGGGCCGGAUAUUCGAGUGAAGGAACACAAAUAUAAGGAGUACCAGAAAGGCGAGUAUCAGCCAACAUAUAGCGAGUACAAUGCUAGUACUGGACAAUACAUGGAUACAAAAUGGACGCAAUAUAAUGGCAAUGUUGAAUAUGUUCUCACACCGCACAAUCACUACCCUCUCAGAUGGGGACGAACCGAAAAACACAACGUCGAUGAAAAUGGCAAUGAUUUCACAAAAGAACCAACGCAAACCAGUCUAUCGAAAGUGAAACCAAUUGUUUACGAAGAAGAACCAGUCGUGGGAAAUGAACCGGACGCUAUUGAAGAAGAAGAGCCUGAAAUAGCGGAAACAGGGCUUUAUAGGGAUCCUACUAUAGAAAACACACCCUUUGUUGAGGAGGCGGAAGAGGAUUUUUAUGCAGCCCCACUGGUGAUAACAGAUCAGGUUGUUACACCUCUACCGAUAGAGGAUCAAACAGAUGAGGAUCCAGAACAUCCUCCGCAAGAGGAACCUCCCGAACAACCGCAUAUGAAUGAAGAACAAGACAUUGUUGUUCCAGUAGUGGCAGUAGUGACCACAGGCGGUCAUACCGCCCCAGUUCAGGAAGCCGAAGAUGUACCACAACACCAGCCUGCUAAACAGGAUACAGCACCAGAAGAAUCAGGAAGAUGGUCGUCUCUCACCACGCACGGAUCAGAGGGAAACGCCGAUGCUAGCUUGACGCCAGUUGAAGCGGCGGUAGCCGGUGCAGUUGUAGGCGGCACUCAGGCGAGUCAACCGGAUCAACCAGAGACAACGAACACGGAAAUAGCUGAUACUCUUCCAGUAAGUGAGGCUCCAACAACCGGAAGUGCGGUACCGGAAGCAGAAGUUGCUGCUGCUCCCGUGGAGGUAGCGCCUGUGGUUGCCGCUGCAGCUGUGACAGCAGAAUCGGCCCCAUCGGACGCCUCUACAGUAGCGGCCGACUCCAGUAGGAGAUUACCCCCAGAGGUAGUGGCUAAUAUAGAAGCCUACAGUUACGCACACGCUUCAGAGCAAUCGCCAGUUGGAACAGUAAAGAGAACCCUGGAUAUGAUGUACUGACAAAUAAUCAUCUAAUAUCACAGAUAUCCAAAGUGGAUACAUAGCCAAAAUAUUCAACAGGGUGAAGACUGUGAAUUAAAUCCGGAUGUGAUGUACAAACACGUGGGGAUAGAGAUGCUAGCGCCACACAGAUACCUCAAAAGUGACGACUCUCUGAGCUUUCGUUCUAAGCCCGUUACGGACAGAGUAAUGUUAUGGUUAAUGUGUAUACAAUAAAAUAAAUACCACUUAGUUAAAACACAAAAUGACAAUAAAAGAAAUAAAUGCAGGGGUCUAACUCGACCUAUUCAAUGCUGAUCGUACACUUAGCAUGCACAAUAUACAAGAAGAUGACAGACAUGAAUAAGAGAUGAACACAUUUCUAAGCCAGAAAGCACUCCUUCUGUUGAUUACUCAGAGUCUGGAUUAGACCUCUUCUUCGAGAUUAUAAACGGUGUUGUGGUACCUUUUAUCCCCAACAACAAACGCUACAGUAUAAUGUACGACUGAACAUUAUAAUAGAUGUUGUUGUCGUAAACUCGUUAACAGUACUUCCAGCGUGUAUGUGGUAAAUUGUGAUGUUAAAGGCACCUGGAUCGACUACUGUAAACUACCUAUUAAAGCGUUAUUCUUA